UCUGUGUAAAGGGAAUAAGAAACUGACAAAGAGGCCGAAAUCCAACAAAGAGUUGCAGAGCGAUAGAUAGAAAGAUAAGAGGUGGAAUUUUCUCAUCGCAUCUCCCGUUUAUUUUACUUUCGAUCACUUGCACAAUAAGAGCAUUUACGUUUGAACUUUCUGAUUCAUUGAGCAGGACGAAUACAUCGAGAGUCUAAUGAGCCACUGUCACACCAAACUGAACAACCGAACUGGGCAGUGCAACAAUAUCCAAUAUAUGACAAUGGACAAUUCAAAUGAGAAGCAUGAUGUUGACGAACUGAGUUCAAAUAUCCAAGAUAUUACGAAGGAAGAGAACUUCAAACAGGAAGAAACUUCCAUGACAACAGUGAGACAAUGCGCUAAUGGAGGCGAAACAGGAACCUCGGAUAACAAUGGAAUGGAAUAUAAACCUUCAGAAAAAUGGAGGAUUCUGAAGAACAUAUCAGUGAUCAGCUUAGCAUUUAUGGUCCACUUCACAGCGUUCCAAGGCGCAGGUAAUCUACAGAGUUCCGUCAACGCUGCCGAGGGCCUCGGAACGGUGUCUCUCGCAACAAUUUACUUCUCCCUUAUUCUCUCCAACGUCUUCCUGCCUGUCGUGAUGAUAAGGCGCCUGGGCUGCAAGUGGGCAGUGGCUGUCUCCUUCAUCGCGUACAUGCCUUACAUCGGGGCACAGUUCUACCCCACAUUCUACACCAUGAUACCGGCUGGACUCCUGGUGGGGCUUGGCGGAGGCCCCCUCUGGUGUGGCAAGUGCACCUAUCUCAGCGUCGUGUCCGAGAUCUACUCCGAACUCACGGGCGUCCCUGCGGACACGGUGGUCGUUCGCUUCUUCGGCUUCUUCUUCAUGAUCUUCCAGCUAGCUCAAGUCUGGGGUAACCUCAUUUCAUCAACAGUGUUCUCCAGCGGAGAUUCGAACAGGACGCUAUUCAAUAACGUGUCCGAAAUAUGUGGCAGUAACUUCUGUCCAGGAAACGCAGCCAACGAGAAUUCUAACAUGCAGAGGCCACCUGACGAACAAAUCUAUAUGGUAGCAGGGAUCUACCUCGCGUGCAUGGUUUCUGCGUGUAUCAUCGUAGCUGUUGGAGUCGACAGUCUCAGAAGGUACAAAGAAGGGACACGUGAAGGCAGCGGAACAGGAUUAUCUGGUUUCAAACUCCUGGCCAUCACGCUGAAACUCCUGAAGGAACGCAACCAGCUUCUCAUCAUCCCAAUCACAAUGUUUCUGGGAGUAGAUCAAGCUUUCCUUGGUGCCGACUACACAGCCGAGUAUGUGGCUUGUGCGUGGGGGAUCUCCAACAUCGGCUAUGUGAUGAUCUGUUAUGGGAUAACCAAUUCCAUAUCAGCCAUCGGCACUGGCUCUUUGGUCAAAAUGACAGGUCGGGUUCCGGUGGUCUGCUGCGCAUUUCUGUUACACCUGGGUCUCCUUAUCGGUCUGCUCACAUGGGCCCCCACUCCGGACGACAACAUUCUGUUCUUCGUGGUCAUAGGGCUAUGGGGCAUAUGCGACGGUGUCUGGCUAGUGCAAAUUAAUGUGUGCUCCAGACGAACGUUUUCAGUCAUAGGUCCAGUGGUUGAGAUCAGCUCUGUCAAACGGAGCAGCAACCUUUUUUCCUUCAUACCUGAUAGUGGAAGCAGAACCAGCUUCUGGAGUAUGGUUCGAAAAAACUUACUAAAACCGUCAAUAUCCAAAACACAUGUUAGUUAUUGCUAUACAUCAGCUUCAGAAACCUCUUGAUGUUACCUCAUGUAAAGUUUACAUUAACUGACGCUCCUCCUUUGUGUUAAAAGGGGCUCAGAAAUGUCUUGCAAGAGUAAUUCACCUAACAUUUCUGUGCUAAUAAAUAGUAUGUAAAAAAGAUCUGAGGUUCUCACAAUUGUGACUAUAAGGAUUACUGUUUACUGGGAUGUGAUGCCAUGUGAUGUCUGGUAAAUAUUUACCAAACUUUAGCAGAAAUAUGUUGCUUUCAUCUUCUAUCCUGAAGGUGAGGGGAACACAUUUCUCCAAAAUGUCACUAGUUCUCACAUUCCCAAAGACAGUAACUUCAAAAGGAUUAUUCAUGCUCAUGGAGCAUUCUGAAUUCUUUCUACACUUUUAAGCAUCCUGUAACCAAUACAAAACGCAUAAUUUGGACCUGUAUAAGACAAACGAGGAAAAGAGAUAUGUGCUUGCAAAAUAAAGGAUUGUGCAGUAACAGAAAAGACUGGAAAAUUCUUAUUCAUCAAGCCACAUAUAAAAGGAGUGAUGUUAAAUGCUUUACUUCCACAACACUUAUGGUUUUCAACACAGCUCAGAAUGGAAGACCUGUACUAAACUCAUCCCUCAACUCUGAAGAUGAAGGUAACAGGUUUCUCCACAGUGCUGCAACAUAACUACCACUACAUGCUGUCACAUUCCAAAAGACAGUGACGUUUUUCUGGGCUGAUUUCAUAAAGAGAUUAAUUAGAACUGCAUACUGUUUAAUAUUACUUUUGGUGUAAAUUAACCUAAUUUUUAUACUGAUGAUGAAUUCUCUAAUUAUUAACAUCAACUGUGUGAAAUGUGAGUUCUCACUGUCCCUCAUACUUAGCACAUCUUAUUUCUCCCUUUCCAUCUCCCCCACACUACCCUUUGCAUCAGCCCUUGUUAAUGUUGGGCCAUUUCUCUCACCCAGUGCACUGAAAUAAGCUCUCUGAGGUGUUUCUUUGCUCUCUCUUUCUCCCCUCUACAUCCCUUUUCCUGCUGCUAGUUGACUCAGAGUCAUGAUUCUUCCAAACCUUUCUAUACUUGAAAAAGAAAACGUAUAUUCUUUCACUAAUGUCCUCAUUCCCAUCAGCCAGUUUAAAGCCCUGGACACAGAGCUCUCUCCCCCUGCACCUGUACCAUACGUUCCAUGCUUCACUUACCCUUCUACCCUGAUGAUGGACCCAACACAUUUCACUGAAAUAUCAGCA